AUGACGGAAGGUCGUUUCAAAUAUAUCGACCCCUCGUCGUAUGUCGACAGCGACGUCCCCUUCGUGAAGCCGUGGAGCAAGGUGGACGGUCCCGGGUACUCGUUCAAACUGACCGAUCACGACCGGGCGGUGGAAAACAUUCGCGGACAAGAAUCCAAGUUCUCUGUCGACACCUCCGGCUUCGCUGUGUACAAUUCUCCUGCGCAGGAGAAGGCUUUCACCGACGACGCAAAAGUCCGAGAAGGAUAUUAUUCCGAGGUCGAGGCUCUGCUGCGAGAGAAAUUGCCCGGCGUGAAAAAAGUGGUCUUCUUCGACCAUACUAUCAGAAGGAGAGAGAAGGCUUCCCCUCGCCAACCCGUGCAGCAAGUGCACGUCGAUCAGACGCCCAACGCCGCCGCCGUGCGGGUGCGCAGACAUUUACCCGCAGAAGAGGCUGAGGAGCUACUCAAGGGCCGCUACCAGAUCAUCAACAUCUGGCGCCCGAUAGCAAACCCAGCCUCUGACUUCCCCCUCGCAGUCAUCGACUACCGAACAACCGAGCCCUCCGACAUGGUCAAGGUUGAUCUCCUCUACCCGAAACGCGAAACCAAUGGCACCACCAAUGGAGUCCACGACGAGGACGAUCGGGGUAAGGAAGUCCUCCCCGACCCUUCCUCGGCCUCAUCCACCGCCGGGUACGAGGUCAAAGGUGAGACCUUUGCGGUCCGGCCGAAUGAUAAACAUCGGUUCUUCUACAUGAAGGAUAUGACGCCCGAGGAGGUCAUGUUCAUCAAGUGUUUCGAUUCGUACUCUGAGGUCAACGGUGGCAAGAAGGGCAUUGCUGCAUACACGCCGCAUACCGCCUUUGUGGAUCCACAGACACCCGCAGACGCGCCGGGCAGACAGAGCAUAGAAGUGAGAUCUCUGGUCUUUUACGAAUAA